AUGAGCUUCCUGGAUCAGACAUGGCAAAUUAUAAACUGGUUCAUUUGCUCUCUGUGCUCACCCCGGCUGCUGAGACUCUGGAGUGGCAGGUGCCCAAGGACCAGAAGAACUUUGCUAUUGGGUACAGCCUUUGUGAUAUAUCUGGGGUUCCUUGUCAGCCAAGUAGGUCAUACUGUACCACAGCACAGAGCAGGACCUGCAAAAGCAAAUUCCUGGAAUCUCAAAGAUGCCGCUCAGACCCUUUUCCUGGAAAUCCCAUUGGAUGGCACCUUGUCGCUUCCUGACCUGGAAAGGCCCCAGAGGGGGACGAAUGACACUUCAGCACUGCCCAAUGUGGUGUACAUCACCCUGCGGUCCAAGCGCAGCAAACCUGCCAACAUCCGAGGCACCGUGAAGCCCAAGCGAAGAAAGAAGAAAAUGCUGCCUUUGCACUAUGGAAAUAAGAAUCCACUCGUUGGCACUAGUGAGGAGAAGACCUUCAUCCAAAAGUCACUUCAUGGGACUCGUAAAUCCCAGAGCAACAGGAGAGCAACAGCAGCACUUCCAGAGAAAGCCGGUCAUAUCAGAGAGGAGUACAGAGAGAAACAAAUGCUCCCAAAGAAUAGGAGGCAUUGGAGACCUGUAGUGAGUAUAAGAGGUGUGAAUUUUCAGCCCAUUGCUCAGGAGAGCAAUAUCAGGAUGUACAGUGAGAGCCAGCCAUCUUGGCUGAGCAAAGAGGACAUCUUCAGUAUGCGUCUUUUGGCAGAUUACAAAAUAGACAGUAUCCAAGAGGCACCUUCUCAACAUGGAGUACUUUUGGUAUUUGGGAGGACCGCUGCUAUUAACAAGUCAACCAAAGGAGAUGUCUGCAUUCAAGGACAUUGUGGCCUUAUCAAGAGACCUCUUGACUUGAGUGAAGUGUUUGCCUUCCAUUUGGACAGGAUCCUGGGGCUGAACCGGACGUUGCCUACAAUAAGCAGAAAAUCAGAAUUUGUACAAGAUGGCCAACCAUGCCCUGUUAUUCUUUGGGAUCCCUCCUUGGCUCAAACAGACAAUGAGACACACUCUUCAUUGAAGCUCAACUGGGGGGCUUACAAGCAACAACUAAAGCAGAAGUGUUGGCAAAAUGGCAAAGUACCCAAAGCAGAGUGGGGAUGUACAGAUGUCCAUCACCAUGAGUGGUCCAAGAUGGCACUCCUUGAUUUUCUUUUACAGAUCUACAGCCGCUUGGACAAGAACUGCUGUGGAUUCAAACCACGCAAAGAGGACUCUUGUGUACAGAAAGGACUGAGUCUUAUUUGUGAUGACCAGGACAACAUUGAUUUGACACACAUUAUCCAGAGAAAGGAUGACCCAAGGCAUUUAGUUUUUAUAGAUAAUAAAGGCUUCUUUGACCGAAGUGAAGACAAUCUAGAUUUCAAAAUAUUACAAGGCAUAAAUGAGUUCCCUGAAUUUGCAGUCUCUGUGCUGAAAAGCCAACAUUUGCGAGAAAAACUUCUUCAGUCUUUGUUCCUUGACAGAAUUUUUUGGGACAGUCAAGGUGGUCGUCAAGGCAUUGAAAAACUAAUUGACGUGAUAGAACGGAGGGCCAAAAUUCUUCUCACCUACAUUAAUGCACAUGGGGCGGAAGUGAUACCAAUGAAUGAAUGAGGCUUCAAUCCUGUGUCUAUACUUACCUGAAAUAAGCCCCGAUGAAUACAGCAGGAUUCAUAGGAUCAGGCUGUGAAUGAAUGAGUUCUAAUGAAAAGUCACACGAUUUACAUACAUUAAAUAAGAAAAUAUAUCUAUGCACAUACCUAAUGCAAAACUUGUUGAUACUUGUUGAUAGGAUAGGCUGUAAUCCUAUACACAUUUACCAGGAAGUAAAUCAUAUUUAACUCAAUGGAGUUUACUUCAGAGUAGACAUGAACUGCAUUGUCAAUACGUAAAGCACAUACGAACAAAUGAUAAAUUAACAUUUUAAAAUAGAUAUUUUGUAAGGGUAAAUUGCUUUCUUUAUAAAGUCAUGCACAAAUACCCAUUUUUUUGCUUCCAGUUUGGAAACUAAGGCUUCGGUCCAGAUUUAGGCAUAUGCAACCUGGCUGGCAGAAAGCAGGCUUUCUUGCCACCUUCUCCCCAUAGCUUGCUUUCCAGCCCCCUAAAAAUACAACAUAGAGGGUUAUGGGACCCCACUGACUGGGGUGUGUAUCUGUAGGGGAAGGGAUUCCUGAAAAAUGGGUAGAGGUACCUUCUGUGAAGGGUUGCCAUGGGUGGAAGAGGUGGAAAAGUCUGCACACAAGUCUGUUGCACACACCUAAAUCUUGAUCCAAACAUAAGACUCUGAAGCAGAAUUCCCACCAUUUAUUGAUUUGAUUUUGAUGGCAAUAAGGAUAGAAUAUGCUCUCACUUAGAGGAAACCCCCCAAAAACAUUUGACAAAAGUUGCAGCUUUCAGACUACUUACUUCAAUGGAUUGCCUUGAAAUAAGUGAUUUUUUUUAGGAUUGCUGCAAAUACUUUAUACAGACCCCAAUGAAAGUACUGCCAUUGAUAUUUCUGUACAUGUCUCAUAUUAUUCAGUAAAGA